AUUGCUUAAUUCCACCUGCCUUUCUGUUUGCUCGUUUCCCAGAAUCGCGCUCCUUUCAGAGAAAGAGGUGCGGAGCCCGGGCACUUUCGCUUUCGGUCCUCGCAUAUUUUAAAGCGUCGCCAGGGCAAUAAAGGAGGCUGAUUAGUCGCGACGACCUCCCAUUUCCUGAAAGGGCAGCUGGGGCGCUGCAAGAGCUUUCGAGCCACAAAAGCGUCUUGCAAUUCCCGAGUUCUUGCUCUUACCCUGAAGGCGAGGCUUGAGCUUCUCCUGCCGUCCCCUCCUGCCGUCUCCACCGGGAACUCCGAGCAAGGCUCUCUCCCUCUUCCUGCCGGCCUGCCAGCUCGUCUGCAAGAGAGAACCCGCAACAAUCGAGUCCGGUCAAGACCCAUCCUCCCGAGGCCCGUCCCUGCAAAAAGAAAACAACACCAAAAAACCCAUCAUCUUUUGCACGAUGGCCCCAGGGCAGGUCCACAUGGAGGCUCCUGUUUGCCUAAUUGAGAACAUGCCGGACGGGAAGCUUGUGGUGAACCGGGAGGCUGCAGAGGUGCUUGCCAGGAUCCGCCAGCCGGUGGUGGUGGUGGCCAUUGCGGGGUUGUACCGCACUGGCAAGUCCUACCUCAUGAACAGGCUUGCCGGCAAGAGAAAAGGUUUCUGUUUGGGUGCCACAGUGCAGGGGCUUACAAAGGGCAUCUGGAUGUGGUGCCUCCCUCACCCUCACAGGCCUGACCUCACACUGCUGUUGCUGGACACAGAAGGGUUGGGUGAUGUGCAGAAGGGAAACACACAGAAUGACUCGUGGAUCUUUGCCCUGGCCAUUCUUCUCAGCAGCACCCUGGUGUACAACAGCAUAGGCACCAUUGACCAAAAUGCGCUGGAGAACCUGCACUACGUCACUGAGCUGACAAAAAGGAUUAAAGCCAAAGCUUCCUCCGGGGAAGAUGAAGAGGAGGAGAACUCUGCCGAAUUUGUCCGUUUCUUCCCAGACUUCAUCUGGGCAGUGCGGGAUUUCACACUACAGCUGGAGAUAGAUGGAUACCCUGUAACUGAGGAUGGGUACCUGGAGAAUGCCUUGAGACUGCAGAAAGGUAAUAGUGAACAAAUCCAGAGGUGCAACAUGCCCAGGUCGUGUAUCCGCAGAUUCUUUCCUUCGCGGAAAUGUUUCACGUUUGACCGUCCAGCUAGCAGGAAAAAGUUGUCUCGGCUGGAGGAACUGGAAGAAGAUGAUUUGGAGGAAGAUUUCUUGGAGCCGGUGGGCCGUUUCUGCCAACACAUCUGGGAGACAUCGCGACCCAAGACAGUCCCGGGAGGCCAAGUUGUGACAGGGAGAAUGCUUCUGAACCUGGUGAAGACCUACGUCAAUGCUAUCAACAGCGGGGAUUUGCCCUGCUUGGAGAAUGCCGUGCUGGCCCUGGCAGAGAUUGAGAACGCAGCAGCCGUGUGUGAUGCCAUUUCCUGUUACGAAGAGCGGAUGCGGCAGCGGUUGAACCUGCCCACGGGCUCCGUCAAUGAGCUGCUGGCGGUACACGCCGAGUGUGAGAGGGAAGCCACUGGCAUCUUCAUGUCCCGUGCCUUCGGCGAUGAGUUGGUAAAAAAAUCACAAGAGAAGCUUGAGCAAGAGCUGAAGCAGAAAAAGGAAGAGUUCUGCAGGAAGAAUGAGCAGGCGUCUUUUGACCGCUGCUUUGCCGUGCUGACAGAUCUUUCCCAGGAGCUAGAAGUUGAGCUCCGGAUGGGAAUUUACUCCGUGCCUGGUGGCUACCAGCGUUAUCUGGAGAAACGGGACGAAAUAGAGAAGAAAUACCACUUGGUACCUGAGAAAGGAAUUCAGGCAGACAAAGCUCUUGAAGAAUUCCUGAAAUCCAAGCAGACGGUGGCAAACUCUCUCCUUCAGAUGGACCACGCCCUGACCGACAAAGAGAAGGAAAUUGAAGCCCAGCGCGCUCAGGCCGAAGCAGCCCAGCUGCAGCAGAAGCUGUUGGAGCAGGAGCAGGCCAGACUGAAGCAAAUGGUGGAGGAUGAGAAGCGAAGCCACGAUGAACAGCUCCAGCUGUUGAAGGAGAAGAUGGAGAAAGAGAAAAAGUUGAUGGAAGAGGAAACAGAAAAGAUGAUACGGCAUAAACUCAAGGAACAAGAGGAACUGCUGAAGGAAGGAUUUCAGCAGAGGGCCAAUGAGAUGGAAGAUGAAAUCCAACGUCUCAAAGAAGAAAAUAAUAACUCCAAUGCGGCCCUUAUUCUGUCUGCUAUAGAAAAAGGGGCGGCAGCUGUAUCAUCUAUAGCAGCACAGCUUUUGCAGUACAAGAUGUUUUCCAGUGCUCUAAAUCAACAAAAGAGUGAAAGUGCACCACAGAGUGUAGGAAGCACACCAAGGAGUAAAAACCCACUGUUGCAAAAUGGGAGUCAGACAGACAAGUAGAAGGUGUCAAGCAAGUAACUCUGCCAGGUGAAAAACCUGGGAGCUCUUCUUUUAUUGAAUAUUAACAAGCGAUGCAAUGGGUGUGCUAGUUGCUGAUUGGUUGUUACGAAGACAAAGAAACUCAUUUCUUAUUGGGUAGUAUAAUUACAAGGAGGGAUUAAAUAAGUAUAUUAAUCUUCAAUACAUCAAAGGGUAAGAAAGAACUUGAGCUCAGACACUUAUGACAACUCCUUAUCAAAUUAAAACUAGAGAUUGAUUAUAGCAUGACUUAAAGCAAUUACUAAUUAUUUAGCAUAACAUAAAGAAUAUAAUUGGGAGCGAAUAAACACCAACUUUUUGACCUGUGCACAAUGAGGAGAGAUCUUUGGUAUGUGGCCUUGGUACGUUACACACUUAGUAGCAAGAAGAGAAAUUAUUAGCAAGAGAGGAGAUUAUAAAUGAGAUUUCCCAGAAUGCAAUAGGAAGAAGAAGAAGCAAGGCUUCCCAUGAUACAACAGUUUAUGUUCGAAGACUUCCAUUCAACCCACCCAGGAAUGUAAGGAGCACACCAAAGAAAAAGUAGUUCCAGCAUGGGAAUAAAUGGGGCUAGUUGUCCUUAGUUUUCUGCUGACUUCCCUAUCUUAUCACCACAUCCACACCUUCACUGCAGUGUUAUGUACAGAUCAUUGUUUGAAAUUCUCCAAGCGCAUUUUGCACCCGGUUACUGGCCACUUUGGGACCAGAUGAAGGUGGAUGCCUGGGGAUCCUUGGCUCUUGCCUGUUUUAAACAUCCUGUAGAAUUCUCUGUAAUAUUUUAUCUGCACAAUCAGAACAAAUUUCAGGAACCAAAAAGUUGUAUUGAAAAAUAUGACUUUUGAGCUGCCUGGCCCCAAAAUGGCAACUAGACAUUCUGUUUUUGGCGGCUGUAACCUGUUAGUAUUUCCCGCCUCCAAUGCUGCAGGUGAGAUUGGUGUAAAUCACAUGCCUGUCUGGGAAGAGUGUGGGAGCAGAAGGCGGUCUUAUCUCUUCCGCUGUAUGUACUGUUUUAAGGAGUCAUUUGGCGCCUAGCUUAUAUAUCUGAGUUUCUAACUGGCUAGAGAACUAAGUGAAUAGUUGUGUCCAACUUGUUUUCUUAUAUGCUAUUUCUUUUCAGGCAUGCAAAGCUGUAUAGAAAAUAAAUAAAUGAAAUAAAUGGCCUGGUCUUUGCCUAUA